AUGGUGUCAGAAGAAGCACUGAAUUCACCUGAAAGUGACGUCACCAGCAUGAGUUUCGAGGAAACGGAGCUGACUCUGGGACUGCCAGGGGAGGGACGGUCAUCACAGGCGGCGGCGGUGGUGGCUGUCAAGUGCUUUACAAAACAUGGUUUCCUUUAUCUUAGCGUCUCUGAUCAUAAGUCCGGUGCCGGGGAAUCUUCUCCCUCCAAGGAACAAGUUGUGGGUUGGCCACCAGUGAGAUCAUGUAGGAAGAAGGGUAUAAAUGAGAGGUUUGAGUAUGUGAAAGUAGGCAUGGAUGGAGCUCCAUAUCUUCGUAAACUCAACUUACAAGGUUGCUCUAAUUACCUGGAGCUAUUCAAAGAUUUAGAGAAAUUGUUCAAUUGUUCCACAAUUAGUGGUAAAAGAGAGGAAAACAAGCUAAUGGAUGAUGUGGAGUAUGUUCCCACUUAUGAAGAUAAAGACAGUGACUGGAUGUUAGUUGAAGAUGUACCUUACAUGAUGUUUAUAGAAUCAUGCAAGCGUAUCCGUUUGAUGAAAUGCUCAGAGGUUGCAGUCUUAGCCUCAGAAUCAAAGGGUUCUUCUAUUUCCAAUCUGGAAGCCUGA